AUGUAUAUUACAACUGAAACUAGCGUGCGCGCACCUAUAGGGGAUACUGAUGUCUUCCCUGUGGAGGUAGAACUCCAUCAAGGGUCUGCGUUGAGUCCGUUUCUUUUUGCAUAUGUCUUAGAUGAGUUGUCUAAGUUGAUCCAGGAGACAGCUCCGAGGUGCUUGCUUUUUGCCGAUGAUAUUGUGUUAGUGGUGGAGGGUAAACAAAGCUUGAAUGCAAGGUUAAAGGAGUGGCGAGUAGCUUUAGAGGGUAACUGGUUAAGGAUUAGUCGCUCUAAGACUAAGUAUCUUUACUGUGAUUUCAAUGGUGUAGGCGACCAGGACACUCAAAUCUCCAUUGAGGGGCAAGUGGUUUCGGAGGUAACUAAAUUCAAGUAUUUAAGAUCUUUUGUACAAAAUAAUAGGGAUAUAGAUAGUGACGUAGCUCAUCGAGUUCAGGCCGGAUGA